AUUGGAUUAAGGUGUUCCAAUCACCUCCGUGGUCACAGGUGUAUAAAAUCCAGUACGUAGGCAUGCAGACUGCUACUACAAACAUUUGUGAAAGAAUGGGUCGCUCUCAGGAGCUCAGUGAAUUCAAGCAUGCUACCGUGAUAGGUUGCCACCUGUACAAUAAGUCCAUCCCUGAAAUUUCCUUGCUACUAAAUAUUCCAUGGUCAACUCUUAGUGGUAUUGUAACAAAGUGGAAGCAACUGGGAACAACAGCAACUCAGUCACGAAGUGGUAGGCAACGUAAAAUGACAGAGCAGGUUCAGCGCAUGCUGAAGUGCACAGUACACAGAAGUCGUCAACUGUCUACAGAGCCAAUAUCUAAAGACCUCCAAACUUUGUGUGGCCUUCAGAUUAGCAUAACAAACAGUGCAUAAAGAAUUUCAUGGAAUGGGUAUCCAUGGCCAAGCAGCUGAAUCCAAACCUUACAUCACCAAGUGCAAUGCAAAGCAUCGGAUGCAGUGGUGGAAAGCAUGCCACCACUGGACUCUAGAUCAGUGGAGAUGUGUUCUCUGAAGUGACAAAUCAUGCUUCUUUGUUUGGCAAUCCAAUGGAAAUGUCUGGAUUUGACGGCUGCCAGGAGAACAGUACUUGCCUGACUGCAUCGUACCAACUGUAAAGUUUGGUGGAGGGGGCAUUAUAGUGUGGGGUUGUUUUUCAGGGGUUGGGCUUGGUCUCUUAGUUCCAGUGAAGGGAACUCUUAA